GGCCGCGCGCUCUGUGAGGCGCCGGCCUGCGUGCGCGGCUGGAGGCGGCGGCCGGGGAUGCGGCGGUGCCCGGCCUGAGCCCGUUCCCGGCCAUGUCGGCGGCCAAGGAGAACCCGUGCAGGAAAUUCCAGGCCAACAUCUUCAACAAGAGCAAGUGUCAGAACUGUUUCAAGCCCCGCGAGUCGCAUCUGCUCAACGACGAGGACCUGACGCAGGCAAAACCCAUUUAUGGUGGCUGGCUGCUCCUGGCUCCAGAUGGGACUGACUUUGAUAACCCAGUGCACCGAUCUCGGAAAUGGCAGCGCCGGUUCUUCAUCCUCUACGAGCACGGCCUCUUGCGCUACGCCCUGGAUGAGAUGCCCACAACCCUCCCUCAGGGCACCAUCAACAUGAACCAGUGCACAGACGUGGUGGAUGGGGAGGGCCGCACGGGCCAGAAGUUCUCCCUGUGUAUUCUGACCCCCGAGAAGGAGCACUUCAUCCGGGCAGAGACCAAGGAGAUCAUCAGCGGCUGGCUGGAGAUGCUCACGGUCUAUCCCAGGACCAACAAGCAGAACCAGAAGAAGAAGCGGAAGGUGGAGCCCCCCACACCACAGGAGCCAGGGCCAGCCAAGAUGGCUGUCACCAGCAGCAGCAGCAGCAGCAGCAUCCCCAGUGCUGAGAAGGUUCCCACCACCAAGUCCACACUCUGGCAGGAAGAAAUGAGGGCCAAGGACCAGCCCGAUGGGAGCAGCCCGAGUCCAGCUCAGAGUCCCAGCCAGAGCCAGCCUCCUGUGGCCAGCACCCUGAGGGAGCCAGGGCUGGAGAGCAGAGAUGAGGAGAGCACCUCGAGCAGCGAGCGUGUGGACUGUGGCCGCAAGGUCCGGGUGGAGAGCGGCUACUUCUCCCUGGAGAAGACCAAGCAGGACGCGAAGGCCGAGGAGCAGCCGCUGCCGCCGCCGCUCUCCCCGCCCAGCCCCGGCACUCCCACCAACAGGUACAGUGGCUCUGGCCCGCCCUCCCGGGAGCUUGGCCGUCCCCUUCCUCCCCCAGGUCCUCAGCCCUCUGGCCGAACCGUCUGCAGUGGCUCCUUCGGCUCCCUGGACACAGCCAGCCGGCCCCCUACCCACGUGGACUCCGGCAGCGCUGGGGGGCGGGGUGCAGAGAGACCGGGGCGCGCCUCUGCCUUUAAAGCCAGCAGGCAGUAUGCCACCCUGGCCGACGUCCCUAAGGCCAUCAGGAUCAGCCACCGAGAAGCUUUCCAGGUGGAGAGAAGGCGGCUGGAGCGUAGGACUCGGGCCCGAAGCCCUGGCAGGGAAGAGGUGGCCCGUCUGUUUGGCAACGAGCGGAGGAGGUCCCAGGUAAUAGAGAAAUUUGAGGCCUUGGACAUCGAGAAGGCAGAGCACAUGGAGACCAACGUGUCAGCCGGGCCCUCGCUGUCCAGCGACACUCGCCAGGGCCGGAGCGAGAAGAGGGCCUUCCCCCGGAAGCGGGACCUCCCCAGCGAAGCUCCUCUCCCGGACGCCUCGGCCUCCCCCCUGUCUCCACACCGAAGAGCCAAGUCACUGGACAGGAGGUCCACGGAGCCCUCCCUGACGCCCGACCUGCUGAACUUCAAGAAAGGCUGGCUGACCAGGCAGUAUGAGGAUGGCCAGUGGAAGAAACACUGGUUUGUCCUUGCUGAUCAAAGCCUGAGGUUCUACAGGGACUCGGUGGCUGAGGAGGCGGCCGACUUGGAUGGGGAGAUAGACUUGUCUACAUGUUAUGAUGUCACGGAGUACCCGGUGCAGAGAAACUAUGGCUUCCAGAUCCAUACAAAGGAGGGCGCCUUCACCCUCUCUGCUAUGACGUCUGGAAUCCGGCGGAACUGGAUCCAGACCAUCAUGAAGCACGUCCACCCGAUCUCUGCCCCCGACGUGACCAGCUCGCUGCCGCAGGGCAAAGACCGGAGCAGCUCCCCCUCGGAGACGAGGCUGCGGGAGAAGCAGGACGGGGAGCCCGGGGAGCCAGACCCCGAGCAGAAGCGGAGCCGGGCCCGUGAGCGCAGGCGGGAGGGCCGCUCCAAGACCUUCGACUGGGCCGAGUUCCGCCCCAUCCAGCAGGCCCUGGCCCAGCAGAGAGCCAGCGCCCCGGGGCCUGCCACCACACGGCCCGAGGCGGAGCCCGGCGAGCUGGAGAGGGAGCGUGCGCGGCGGCGGGAGGAACGGCGCAAGCGCUUUGGGGCGGUGGACGUGGCUGACGGGCCCAGCAUCGACGACACGGCCUUGCGCAUGGAGGUCGACCGGGGCCCGGGGCCGCCCGCGACCGCCGACCUCAGGACCCAGAACGUGCACGUGGAGAUCGAGCAGCGGUGGCAUCAGGUGGAGACCACCCCUCUCCGGGAGGAGAAACAAGUGCCCAUCGCCCCCCUGCACUUGUCCUCUGAGGAUGGAAGCGACCGACUGUCCACUCCCGAGCUGACCUCUGUGCUGGAGAAGGAGUUGGAGCAGAGCCAGAAGGAGGCCUCAGACCUUCUAGAGCAGAACCGGCUGCUGCAGGACCAGCUGAGGGUGGCUCUGGGCCGGGAGCAGAGCGCCCGGGAGGGCUAUGUGCUGCAGACUGAAGUGGCCACCUCCCCGUCCGGCGCCUGGCAGAGGCUCCACAGAGUCAACCAGGAUCUGCACGGCGAGCUGGAGGCCCAGUGCCAGCGCCAGGAGCUCAUCACGCGGCAGAUCCAGGCCCUGAAGCGCAGCUACGGGGAGGCCAAGGAUGCGAUCCGGCACCACGAGGCCGAGAUCCGGAGCCUCCAGGCGCGGCUUGGCAAUGCCGCCGCCGAGCUCACCAUCAAGGAGCAGGCACUGGCCAAGCUCCAGGGCGAGCUGAAGCUGGAGAAGGACAAGGUCCGCGAGCAGCUGGAGGAGCGGCAGCACAGCGAAGCCGCGCUCAACGCCCAGCUGCGCGCCAGCGAGCGGAAGCUCCAGAGCGCGGAGGCCCUGCUGCUGGGGAGGACGCAGGAGCUGCGGGACCUGGAGAGGCAACAGGCGCUGCAGCGGGACCGGCAGAAGGAGGUGCAGAGGCUGCAGGAGCGCAUCGCCGACCUCAGCCAGCAGCUCAGCGCCAGCGAGCGGGCCCAGAGGCUGAUGGAGGAGAAGCUGCAGAGGAACUACGAGCUGCUGCUGGGGAGCUGUGAGCGGGAGAAGCAGGAGCUUCUGCAGAGCCUGAAGGAGGCAGAGGACAGGGCCAGCGCCUUCGAGGACCGGCUCCAGGACCACGAGCAGCAGAUGGAGGUCCUGCAGAAGGAGAAGCUGAGUGCCAAGUCCGAGGGCAGUGAGGUGGUGCACCGGCUGGAGGAGCAGCUGGAGAUGAAGGAGGCCAGCAUCCAGAAGCUGGCCGAGCACGUCCAGAGCCUCCGAGACGAGCGGGACCUGAUCCGACAGCGCUUCCAAGAGCUGAUGGGCCGUGUCGCCUUGUCCGACGGGGACGUGGCUGCGCUUGAGGAGAAGCUGAAGGGGAGGGAGGCUGACUACCAAAGCCUGGAGCGCUCCUACAGGAGGGUGGCCAGCCAGCUCCAGGGCGCGCACACGCGGCUCCGGGAGAAGGAGGAGGAGCUGAGGUGCAUCCAGGACACGCACGAGAAGGCGCUGGCGAGGAAAGAGCGGGAUCUCCAGGAUGUGCUGGUUAAGAUGACUGUCUUGGGGAGCAGCUUAGAGGAAACAGAAGUGAAGCUCCAGGCAAAGGAGUCCUCAGAGGACGCCGAGGAGCCACGGAGCUUCUUGGAAGAAGCCGAGGAGGAGGACGGCGUCGCGCGUUCGGGCCCACAGCUCCAGGCUGCCAGCGCACCUCCGGGGGCUGCCCUGGGGGAGGAGCACAGGGACAGCAGCCCCAGAAGAGAAAAGAGCCCAGUGCCCCCAAGGUCGGAAGUGUCCAACAGGGAGGGGCACCUGCAGAGCACCUCAAAGCCCGACCAGGGAGCACCGGGCCUUAAGAGGCAAAGAAUCCGGUUCUCCACGAUCCAGUGCCAAAAGUACACCCACCCUGACGGGUCUGAGAGGACCUGGACCAGCAGCACGUCCUCUGACACCAGUCAGGACCGCUCACCCUCGGAGGAGAGCAUGUCGUCGGAGGCCACCCCCAGCUCGCUCCCAGCGACCAGCGACUCGGACACCUACCUGUCCGUCAUCCACUCCCUGGAGACCAAGCUCUACGUCACCGAGGAGAAGCUCAAAGACGUGACAGUGAAGCUGGAGAGCCAGCAGGGCCAGAGCCAGGAGGCCCUGCUCGCUCUGCACCAACAGUGGGCUGGCACCGAGGCGCGGCUGCGCGAGCAGCUCCGUGCCAGCCUGCUCCAGGUCGCCGCGCUGGCCUCCCAGCUGGAGCAGGAGAGACAGGCGAGGGCGGAGGUGGUUGAGAACCACGUGGAGGAGCUCGGUGACUUCCGGGUGAAGAACAGCCAGGCCCUGGCUUGCCUGGAAAGCUGCCGGGAACAGCUGCGGUCGCUGCCGGCUGACGCGGGGGCAGGGCUCCUGGCCGGCGUGGAAAGCUUGCUGGUCGGCGCCAUCCAGGCCUUGUGUCACCAGCCACCUCCCACAGGGGAGGCGGGUUUCUCCGAGGAAGAAAAAGCGACCUCACGGCAGCCACCAUACCUGCCGGAGCUGAGCGACCAGGAGCAGCUCCAGCUCCUUUCUGAUCAGAUAGCUCUGGAAGCCACGCUGAUAGACCAGAUAGCAGACUCACUGAAAAACACCACCUCCGAUAUCUCGCACGUGCUCCUCGAGAUCUCUCAGUCCGGAAAGUGGCCGCUGGAGUCCGAAAGUAACGUGGCCUGUCCUGGGGCCCCAGUGGAUGCCUGGGCCAAGAAGGUGCUGGUGGAUGGAGAAUUCUGGAGCCAGGUCGAGUCCCUGAGCCGGCACCUGGAGACGCUGGGCGGAGAGGCAGCCAGUGCCUCGGGAGGCGGGCGGCCAAACGCCCCGCCAGCCCCGGUCGCUGCCCUGGCCGACGCCACGUGGGUCAGGGCGGAGCUCAGCCUUGCCGUGCAUUCGGUGAGGGGGUCCCUCCAGCGCAGGCUGCAGAGCAUCCAGGAGACCCUGCAGGGGACACAGGCAGCCCUGCAGCAGCACAAGCGCAUGCUGGGGGAGAUCCUAGGGGCCUACCAGACACCCGACUUCGAGAGAGUGAUGCUGCAGGUCUCGGAAACCCUCCAGCUUCCAGCAGGUGCCGGAGAUGGUGUCCAGGUGUCCUGGACUGGGAGCCUGCCGGAAGAAGUACCAAGUCAUCCGGACCCAGCUGGCUCGCAGGCUCUCUGUCCCCUGUCCAGCCAGAGCUCUGGGGCCUUGGUUGCUAUUCAGGAAGAGCUCGCCCUGCAGCUUAAGGAUAAGGCCAGUCUCUUGGGAGAGAUCUCUGCCACUUUAACCUCACUUCUCUCUGUGGAGGCAGUGCGAGACUGUCAGAAGCUUCUCCAGGCAUCCCGGCAUCUCUCCCGUAGCGCUUGUCUGGGAGGCCUCGGCCAGUAUUCUUCCUUAUUAGUUCAAGAUGCGAUUAUUCAGGCUCAGGUGUGUUACACAGCCUGCAGGAUCCGCCUGGAGUAUGAAAAGGAGCUCCGGGGCUACAGGGAGUCCUGGUCGGGCGGGGGGGCCUCCUGUCAGGAGCACGAGCACGCUGUGGGGGCCCUGAGGGAGGAGUACGAGGGGCUUCUCCGCAAGCAGAAGAGCGAGUACCUGGAGCUGAUCGCCAUCGUUGAACGGGAGAACGCGGAGCUCAAGACCAAGGUCGCCCAGCUGGGCCAGCAGCAGAGGUGUCUGGAAGAGGGGCAGAGUGAGCGCCGUGAGAGCCUGGCUGCCCCACGAGGGUGGUUUGAGGAGUGGAAGGUCAGCUACACAGGGGAGCGGCUGAGCCGGGCAGAGGGUGCGCCGCAGACUGCGCGCAGCAGGGUCCUGAGCCAGCUGGGUGCCUUGGCGGGGGACAGGCAGGACCUGGAGAGGCAGCCUGUGGACCAGGUGCAGACCCUGGAGGACAAGUUCCAGCUCAAGAUCAGGGAGCUGCAGGCCAUCCAUGAGGAGGAGCUGCGGGCCCUGCAGGAGCAUUACUCUCAGACGCUGCGGUGCCUGCAGAAGACCCUGCACCACUACCAGGGGCGGCCCCCUGCCGCCCCACCAGCCCACGGACCCCCGUCCUCCAGCCGGCCAGCUGAGGGGGAGGCCGACUCCAUGAUGGGGCUGAAGGGGCGCAUCCAGGAGUUGGAGGCCCAGGUGGACGUCCUGCGGGAAGCGCUGGAGCACAAGGACCUGGCGGGUGGCGCGGCCUCACUGCGGGAAGAGCGCCAGAGGGACUUUGAGAGCCUCAAGGCCACGUGCGAGCGAGGGUUUGCAGCCAUGGAAGAAACACACCAGAAGAAGAUCGAAGACCUGCAGAGGCAGCACCAGCGGGAACUGGAGAAACUGCGGGAGGAGAAAGACCGCCUCCUGGCUGAGGAGACCGCGGCCACCAUCUCAGCCAUCGAAGCCAUGAAGAAUGCCCACCGCGAGGAGAUGGAACGGGAGCUGGAGAAGAGCCAGCGGUCCCAGAUCAGCAGUGUCAAUGCGGACAUCGAUGCCCUGCAGCGGCAGUACCUGGAGGAGCUGCAGUCUGUGCAGCGCGAGCUGGAGGUCCUCUCCGAGCAGUACUCGCAGAAGUGCCUGGAGAACGCCCACCUGGCCCAGGCGCUGGAGGCCGAGCGGCAGGCCCUGCGGCAGUGCCAGCGCGAGAACCAGGAGCUCAACGCCCACAACCAGGAGCUGAACAACCGCCUGGCUGCUGAAAUCUCACGGCUACGGACGCUGCUGACCGGGGACGCCGGUGGCGAGGCUGCUGGUUCACCUCUCACGCAGGGCAAGGACGCCUAUGAGUUAGAGGUCUUAUUGCGGGUCAAGGAGUCAGAAAUUCAGUACCUGAAACAGGAGAUCAGCUCCCUCAAGGAUGAGCUACAGACGGCGCUGCGGGACAAGAAGUACGCUAGUGACAAGUACAAGGACAUCUACACAGAGCUCAGCAUCGUGAGGGCGAAGGCCGACUGUGACGUCAGCAGGCUGCAGGAGCAGCUGAAAGCCGCGACCGACGCACUGGGUGAAAGGUCACCGGAACACACCCCCGUGUCCGGCGGCUACGAUAUAAUGAAGUCUAAAAGCAACCCUGACUUCUUGAAGAAAGACAGAUCCUGCGUCAGCCGACAGCUCAGAAGCAUCAGGUCCAAGAGUCUGAAGGAAGGCCUGACGGUGCAAGAUCGCCUGAAGCUCUUUGAGUCCAGGGACCUGGAGCGCGACUAGCUGCUCCCACGCAGCUCAGACGCACCCUCCCUGGCCCGCAGCCGCCACCCUCGUCUGUACCUUCGAUUUCUGUUAUCGUUAUCGUUGUUAUCGCCCUCAGUAACUGUGGUAUGGAUGCAUGAGAGACUGGUCUGUGGGUUGCUCACAUCACCCCUGUUGUGUUUACCGAAGCUUUUCCCCAUGGUUUUCUAUGACCAGCCCAGCCGAGGGGCCGAGCGCAUGUGUCUCUCCCCCGUCGCCCCCGCGCUCAUGUCAGUAUUAAGGCCCAGCAGCCUGCGAUAAGCUAGCUCUGUCUCGCCCAGUGCGCGGUGGGGUCAGGGCCCGGGCGGGUCCCUGGGAGAGAACCGGCCACGAGGCGUGGAGGCGUGUGCUGCGGUCCCAGCGCGGAUAGCUGGUAGCCUGCGGGGGGGGGGGGGGGGGGGCGGAGCGUGGCCUAGAACCUUGGAUGUACCACCUUCGGGCUUCAGAGGAGGACAGCAUUUUGUAUUUGUUCCACUAAUGCCGCUUAGAACCACACCCCAGAUACUCGUGGUAAACCUUUCACAACCUGGAAAAUGUUGAAAGCAGCCAUUCCUAUUUUUGUUUGUUUUUUAUUAAAUCUUGCACAAAACCAGGCCCCUCUCAUUCCUUCCUACGCUCGCUUCUUUCUUGGUCACCAGGAACCCUGGUCCUUUCAUACUCGGUAGAUGCUGACCUGUGAGCACAAAUAAUGAAGAGAGUUUUCCCUCAGAAUACGGUUGACAGGAGGCCCUGUGUUAAGCCGAGGUUAGAGCAGAUGUUGGAACCAGAUAAGAACUGGCCACUCGUGACGUGCUCCUAAGCCUCCUUCAGUUCACCUGAGGUCUCAGGCCCUGCGGCACUGGGGGCGCCUGCGCCGGGCCUGGACCGACGGCUCUGCUUCCUUAGUGGUCUGAGUAACAACUCUUUAACCGCCACCAGACACUCCACAGCACUUCUUGAAAACCUCUGAAAUCGGGGUUCUAUGACGGCCCCAUGAAAACUCCUCAUCCCGUUAGGGCGGGGAGUGUGAACAAAGCCCACCAGGCAGGAGCCAGCCCGGGCGCGGGGGGAAGGCCUCCUGGCCUCACUGCUUGGGUGAGCACCACUGUCUCGGGUACGUGGGUGCUUCGGGCGUGGAAACGUAGGAAUCAUCUUGCUCAGUUUUUAGAUUAAGUGAACGCACGAGGUCAUUUGGAGAAAGUCCUGGAAGGGCAGGACAGAGGCCCUGGGGUGUGUAAGAAGUGCAGCUCCCGUGCCGUCUUCUCACUGGAUGGUCUCAGGGCUCCUGGCUGCAGUGGGCCCUCCCUGCUCACAAGCUGUUCAGAGCCUCACACCACGCCAGUCACUCCUUCGCCGCUAUCCUCCCACGUUUUUAAAAGCAGAGAACAUUAGCUCCUUUAAUUCUGGCAUCAGACACCCCCGCCGUGUAGACUGGCGCUGUCUCCAGAAUGGUCUGUGAGCGUGUCAUCGAGGGCAGCGUCACAGGUGCCCUGGGGAUCUGCUGGGCAGGCCUCUGCCAGGCUCGGGCGGCUCUUCGGGUGUCAUGACUGUGGCUUCGUGUCCCUCCUCCGAGCAUGCACCUCGUCAGGCCGGGUUGGCCCUGUGCUGCCCCUGCUGCCCCUGGGGGGAUCUCCGGCCCUCCCAGAAGGGCAGGGUCCGCGCACAGAGUUGGGUUUCGUCUGCCCGUAGACGUGAGCGUUUGGAUUGUGCAGUGCUCCUGAUUAGGUCAAAGGAGCAUUUUAUUCACGUGUCUUCAUCAGUUGUCCUUUGAGGUCUGCCCUCAGGAAUCUCGGGGAACAGGUGGCGGCAGCAGCAUCCGGGGCUUGCAGGCAGAGGUGGCCAGGAAAUGCACCGCGAGGGCUCAACCAGCCGAGCAGCGACCCCGGCAGUGCUGGGCAGCGGCACGUGGUGACGGCCGCCGCCUGGUUCGGAACCAGGUCUGAGCUUCGGGCUGGCGUGAGCAGGCAGGCCAGGACGGCGAGGGUCUCCGCUCUGCAUCUCACCGUCCCACCUCAGCCCCCGGCACGCAGCGUCCUCCGGACUCUCCCUGCGAGCACCCAAGCUCCCAGGCAGCAAUUCAGCUGCCGCACUCCAGAAAGGAGGAAGAACACGUAUGCGGAGGUUGAGCCGGUGUCUGCGUUGGCAGAGAACAGGCCCUCGGGGGGCUGUGGACAGGGAGGCGCAGGUGACCGCGAGCCCAGGGUGCUCCCGGCACUCCCCCAGCAUGGGGAGCGUCCCCACGUCCCCAGGGAGGAAAAGGUUCCCUGGGUCGUCUCUUCACAGCAGUGAUAUUUUCCUGUAAACGUUUCUCCUUCAUCUGGGACCUGCGAGCACCUGCAGCUAAGCCGAGCCCGACAGGCCAGCGGGACGGCUGGACAGACUCACACCACCUGACGGCUCUGUGAACACCGGCAUCACUGCAGUGUACGUGCGCCGGGCUCGCGGCCGCCUCUGCUCCGACGUGCUGCCGGGGCCUAAGCAGGUCUGAAGGCCAGUGUUCCGGUGACCGUGCUGGCCGCAGCGUGCCUCGCGGGCUUGUGCCAUGGCGCGAGAGCCAGCGUGGCUUCCUGGGACGAAGCGAUGGCUGUGCUGGGGUGACCGGCGGAGACCGAGGACGACGGAAGGCCCAGCCUCUGGCCAGUCAUGGGCAGCCUGUCGUUCACGGUGUCCAGACGCAGGCAGCGGCUCACUGACCCGACAGCUGGGCACCGAGGCCUCAUGCAGGCCAGGCUCGGGAAGAGAGGGAGCUGCCUGAGAGCAGUUCUGACAGAUGAGGCCACGAGACAAGACCUACGGCGUCAGCACUCUCAGAGACGUCUAUUUAAUGCCGUUUCUCUGCGAGGGAAACACCAUCUUUCCAUCGCUGCGCCUGGCAGCCCCCUCCACAUCCUCUGGGUGAGGCGGCACAGUGCCUGGCCCCUCCGAGGGGCCUGUAUGGUGAGCGCUCACCCUGGAACCUCCUCUCCAGCCAGGUGCCAGGGUCCCCCAGCUCUAGCCGGUGAGACCUCGCGGGCGCCCCGGGGUGUCCCCCGCUGGGAGGAGCAGGUAGACAGGCGUGCGUGUUCUCCUCGCGAAGGAACUCACGCCCGCUCCUCCCUGAGGACGCGGCGUCCCGCCGGAGCACCACGAGCCAGGCUUCCCGCCGCCGCUCGCUCCUGACGUGGUCUUCUCCAGGGACUCAAAGCUGUUUUCCAUUAGAGAGUAAAAUGAACACAGCCCGCCAGCAGUUCUCUUUCCUGAAAGGAAGUUUGCUCAUCAUCGUUCUCAAGAAGCUUACUUUCAAGACGCAAUUUCAUAAAACAAAAAUACUAGACACCUUUAUCACCUAGAAAGGGGAGGAAACUUAACUGUUGCCAGAGUUUUACAAAGGACUGGAAAGUGUGUAGUAUGAUACUUAAGAAUGAAAUACUAGAAGGAAAAAUGAUCUGGCACCUUAACUGGAAGCUUCUCUCCUCUGGAAACUACAGUAUUCCGGAAUGUCUCACACCCCAAAGUCCUGGACAGUGAGCUCUUGGUGUUUCAUGUUGAAUAGGAAUUUGCUUUAUGAACAGCUUUUACCUGUUGCCCUAGCAUUUCCUCCACUCAGCCGAAACUAACGAGGGUCCCGGGACCCUGGUGCUGCAGCCCCACCCUUAGAAGACUUGGGAGGUGCUGCUGAGAACCGACUUCUUCCAGAGGUUUUCACUGCAGGCAUCUGCACACCCAUCUUGUGAUCGUGGGCGCUCCUUCAUCCCGCCAUCCUGAGAGGGGAUCCUGGACGGCGCCGAGAGGCCUGAGCGCAGGUGUCGGACUCCCAAGCCUGGGAAAGGUCUUCCUCACCAUAGGUCAGGUGAGACGUAGCGCCCGCCCCUGCUCUCGGCACUGAGCGCACGACGCUAGGGACACUCCCGCCGCAGCAGGCCCAGCCCGGCCCUCCUUAGCCUGCUCUCAGGAGGCGGGGCUGCACUUUAGUUUUGUGUAUUUUCACGUGUGUACACUUUCGCAAGGCCAUACUUUCCACAGCUGAAAACUUAAAUAAGCAGCAGCCUUAAGCGAGGUCUCAGAAACCACGUGUUUUGGGUUCUUUGAUAGGAAGACAGGAUAGAAACCCAGUAUGGAGAUGAACUGUCAGUCUCUCAAGUUUUGUCUGACUGGAGAAGACCGGUCUCGUUCUUCUACCCUUUUGAGAACGGUGAGUUUCUUCCUGUUUCUCUGUAAAGGGAAGCAGUCUCCCCUCCCUGAGGUCUGUCAACAGAAGACCCUCAGAAGAGCAGGCCUAAACCUGUGUCCCCGAGAGCAGCUCAGACACACUGUGUCCAUUCCUUCCAGGGCCCACGGGACCCCGCACACCCCGUGCAGCUCCCAGGUCCUCUGUAUUUAGAAAAACCGGGAUAUUAUUCAGAGCAAGCAGUGUAAAUAUUACUCAGAAGUUACUGCAUGGAUUUCUGUGACAAAGUCUGUGGGUUUUUUUCUUUUUUCCUCAUACAAGCAUUGCUUUCUAAGAUAGGACGAACAGCUUUGGGUACAACACUGAAUCCCACUCAACAUUACAAGGAAGUGUUUUUAAUGACUUGUGUUACCUUUCAUAAAGCUCUGGCCGUUUAACAGGUGGUUUUGUUUUUCCCUGAAAGAUCUCGGUUGUACUUGUUCCUCAUUCUUGGCAGAGCCGUUCAAAGUGCUGAGGAAAAUCAGGAGGAGGAGGAACACAGGAGGGGCUCCUGCCCGGACCCUGCACACAGUGACUGGGGACCUGCAGGAGACCCAGCACCUUGGCGUCUAAGUCAGUGACCUGUGGCCCCCUGCUGGGGGCUGCGUGGGAGUCCAGCCAAGCGCCGGGUUGUUGUGUGACGGCUUGGACGUUGCAGAACUCGUAAGGCUGUUAUUCUAUGAUGUGUGCCCGUCAGGCUGGCAAGCGUACUUGAGAACUGGACCGUCCAGGCCUGUGGGAUGAGCCGGGAGGGCAGUCUGAGCUCACGCAGAGCAGCCUUCAGACGCACGGGCGCGUGCUGCCCAUCACGUUUCCAGCCAUCCGCCCUCUCCCCUUUACAGCUAGCUACGUCGCGCGUUUCAGUUUUAUUUUAUAGAAAGCUAGAAAUAGAUUACAAAGAACACUAAAUUCAUUCUUGUGUUAUGCUUGUAUCACAAAACCAAUUAAAAUGGAUUUUAGGAUUUACCUUUAGUAUUAACAACAUAUCUACUGGCUUACUGUUAGGAUUCAAAACCAGUUAAGCGAUUAAGACUUUUCCUAAGUAAUAUUUAUAAAACGUAAAGUUUCUCCUCAACAAUUAGAAUCCUCAGUGAUCUUUCUCACAGAUAUGCUCUUCUUUCAGGGUGAAUGUCUCAAUCCAGCUACUUGAGACAAAAGCAUACUAUGCCUAGCUGCUGGCGGGGCGGGGGCCGCAUACGAACAAAGUGGAAAAGCGUAGGUAGCUGCUUCUACUGGGACAAGUUCAGGAAUAAUUCACAGCAACAAUCACUUCUGCCACAGCUACUUUUUCACGGGUGGUACAUGUUCAAAGAAUAAGCUUGUAUAAUUUUAACGGGCGUUUAAUUUCUGUACUAACAUAAUGUUCGCCAGGCUGAAGUGGCAUGGAGACCCACCGCGUGCCCCCCCCCGGCCCCCAGGAGGGGGCCCAUCUCCCGUGGGACUGCAGGGGCCUCUUGAAGAGAAGGGCCUGGUCAGCUCGCUGCUCUCUGACAAUUCAAGACCUCUACGGUUUAGUUUGAGGCUCCUUUUUAAAUACAAAAUUUCUGAUCAACUGCUCACUACAACUGAAGUGUUACUUGUCAAAAUAUUUAUUCCUUUGUGUGACAUGCUAGAUUCCCAUGGAUGUAGCUGAUCAUUUCUACUGUAAAUAUUACCUAACUUUACAUAAACAAUAUCAUAAUAAACUAUUUUUGCAUCACCCUUG